AUGUCGACUGGCGCAGAUGUUGACCACUGGAUUCGGGCUGUGAUCGCAAGAGACGACGACGGCCCUUCACCACCGAAACCCCCCAAACCACAUGAAUCAGCUACCGCCUCCAGCUCUUCAGCUCUGCCUACCGCCACUUCAUCCAGCAACGUUCCACUGCAGACACUUACAGCCGCGAAGCCCCCAAAAGGCUCGCGGCCUUUGGGCCCAGGAGAAAGCGCAGGAAUUGGUAUUGCAGUCGCUGUCGCCGUGCUCUUCAUUGCCCUCGCCAUACGGUUCUUUAUGCAACGCAGAAAAAGGUCUAAAUUCGGAGCGGGCAAUGACUCGGCUGCCUUCUGGCCGGGUACCAAGCAUAGCGACAUGGAAGCUGGUCAAAAAGGCAUGGACUCAGAUGACAUGGACUUUGGGCCUGUUGGAGUGCCGGAGAUGGAGACUUGCGCAGCUCGAGGAAGGCGAUUUUCCGAGCUUGCGGGGCGCAGGAGUCCGGCGGAAAUGAUCAGUGAACCGCAUUCUGUUGCUGAACUCGAAGGCUCGAAUGUUAUGGCGAGGUACCUGGAGAAGAAAAAUCGAGAGCGCCUCUUUCUGGAUCCGCCGAUUGAUGAAAAUGACGACAAGCACGACAAUGAUUCCCCAAGGGUGGCUGGCAAAAAAUAUGACUGGUAG